AUGGAUUUCUCAAGCGAUGACUCUCUUGAUGAUCCCAGUUACGCACCUGACGCAUCUGGUGACUCAACUUCGGAGUACGAUAGUGCAGAUGAAGAGCUUUUAGCCAGAUCGAGGAUCCAUCACUCGACCAACAGACCAAGUUCAACUGGUUCGACCCAGAACUUUUCUGAAGAUGAAAUAGUUAGGCAGCAAGUUGCCAAUAUUGAUUGGGGUAUCCCCAAAGAUCAUAUGCCUACUGAAAACUUCUCAGGUGUGGCAGGCAUGAAGGAUAUACAUCAAGGAAUUAUGGCAGAUGGUACACCACUUGAUUAUUUCGAGGUGUUUUUGACUUUUAAUAUAGUUCAAACGAUAGUUGAUCAAACUAACCAUUACGCCUGCCAACAUUUAACUGCAGGCAAUAUAGAUGUUGGUCCACAGUCAAGACUACAUAAUUGGAAACCUGUGACCAUCAAUGAAAUGUAUAAAUUUCUAGCUCUCAUUGGGUGGAUGGGGCUGGUGAAGCUACCUUGCAUUCGUGAUUACUGGAGGAAGCAUAAGCUGUAUGGACUACCACUGGCCAGAACAGUUAUGCCACGUAACAGAUUUGAGCUUAUCCUGAAAUUCCUUCAUUUCUCAGAUAACGAACAAGACCCCGGCGAUGACCGUUUGUAUAAGCUAAGAACAUUGAUGGAUAAGUUCAUACAUAAUUUUCAAAACGCUUUCACACCUGGUAAAAUGAUAUGUAUCGACGAAAGUCUGAUCCCUUGGAGAGGGAGACUUAUUAAGAAGCAAUACAUCCCGAACAAACGCCACAAAUGGAAUUGCACGUUAUGA